GUACCGAAGAGCGUGUGCAAGAGAUAUGCGAAAAAAGAAAAGUUUGCAGCAAUACGGUCGCAAAUAAAACGAAAAGAAGUUACUAGCAACGGAAAAGAAUUAAGCAAAAAGAACAUCUUUUAAAGUGGCUGGCAAAGCAAAUAAGACGCUUAAAUCAUCAGGCGGUUAUUAUGAAAGGAAAUUACUAUAAAAUGUCUCGUAACAAAGACAAAUAUGACAGCACGAACAGAAGGCAACAGAUAUUUCUGUCCGCCGAAGAUAUUGCCGCUGGCAAAAAGACAAAUUGGACGGGUCUCGAAAUAACGGGCUGCGUGCGCAAUAUCAGCCCCUCGUUGUGGGAGUUCGAACACCUGACCGCACUCUAUCUGAACGACAAUCAGCUGCUGCGGCUGCCAGCGGAUGUGGGCCUCUUGGUUAGCCUGAGAACGUUGGAUUUGUCCAGCAACAAGCUGCGCAGUCUGCCCGCCGAGCUGGGCGAGCUCAUACAGCUGAGAGAGCUGCUGUUGAACAAUAACUUUCUGCGUGUGCUGCCGUAUGAGAUCGGCAAGCUGUUCCAUCUGGUCAUACUUGGUCUGAUGGGCAAUCCGCUGCAAAAGGAGUUUAUGAACAUCUACAAUGAGCCGAAUGGCACUCCGAAAUUGCUUACCCACAUGUUGGACAACUUGUCAUUUACCGUCAACCCACCGCCCCAACGGCCAUGGCUGCCGCUCGCCAAGCCCAACAAAUCGCGACCAGCCUGCAUAUUUACGGUGAUGUGUUACAAUGUGCUCUGCGAUAAAUAUGCGACGCGACAAAUGUACGGCUACUGUCCGUCGUGGGCCUUGUGCUGGGAGUAUCGGAAGAAGUCAAUUAUCGACGAGAUACGUCAUUAUGCGGCGGAUAUAAUAAGCUUGCAGGAGAUCGAAACGGAACAGUUUUAUCACUUUUUCCUGCCCGAACUGAAGAAUGAUGGCUACGAGGGCAUCUUCUCGCCCAAAUCGCGCGCCAAGACAAUGUCCGAACUGGAACGCAAAUACGUUGACGGAUGUGCGAUAUUUUUCCGAACAUCAAAAUUCACGCUAAUCAAGGAGCAUCUGAUCGAAUUCAAUCAGCUGGCCAUGGCCAAUGCGGAGGGCUCCGACAACAUGCUGAAUCGUGUGAUGCCCAAGGAUAACAUUGGCCUGGCGGCUCUGCUAAAGGUGAAGGAAACGGCCUGGGAGCCAAUGUCCGAGGUGACACAGAUCUCACAGCCGCUGCUCGUGUGCACCGCGCACAUCCACUGGGAUCCCGAAUUCUGUGACGUCAAGCUCAUACAGACCAUGAUGCUGAGCAACGAGCUGAAAACGAUAAUUGACGAGGCCAGCCACAGCUUUCGACCCGGCCACAAGAAUGACUCGAACAGCGUGCAGCUGUUAUUAUGCGGCGAUUUCAAUUCGUUGCCCGACUCGGGCGUUGUGGAGUUUCUGGGCAAGGGGCGUGUUGCAAUGGACCAUUUAGACUUUAAGGACAUGGGCUAUAAGCUGUGCCUGCAACGCUUGCUGUCCAACGAUACCAACGAGUUUACGCAUUCCUUCAAAUUGGCCUCCGCCUACAGCGAGGACAUAAUGCCGCACACCAACUACACCUUCGAUUUUAAGGGCAUCAUCGAUUAUAUUUUCUAUACAAAAACGGGCAUGGUGCCUCUGGGUCUGCUCGGACCGGUAUCCACGGAUUGGCUACGCGAAAACAAAGUGGUUGGCUGUCCACAUCCGCACAUACCCUCCGAUCAUUUUCCGCUGCUGGUCGAGCUGGAGCUGAUGCACACCGCCAGCCAGCAGGCGCCUCCCAAUGGACUGAUCAAUCGACGGUAGCAAUAGACACGGCGCGCUAGGCCAACGAUAACGGUGACAACAACAACAACAACAACCAACAUUCGGACGGCCUCUGGCAGCGGCGGAACGCUGCCGCAGUUCAGCUAUCGGGGACGCAGCAGCAGCGGCAAUAGCAACAGAAACAACAGCAACAACAACAUUAAUCAAAGCAACAACAACAAUAACAACAACAACAACAACAGCAGCAGCCUCCGCCCAGCUACACAUGGAUCAUUUCGCAAACCUCCAAACAAUCCAACAUUAUGAGGAGCCCAAAAGCAUAUAUAUUUUUCCCAUCAAUCACCAAUGUGGGCGCCGCUCAUUAUUAAUUCAGUUUAUAGUUUAGUUCUGAUUCUGGCUUGAUUUCCAACCCAUGAGUUCUAAGAUGACGAUGUUGUAGAGAGGAUCCGCUACUUUGUGCGCUGGCUCAAACCCCAAUCCGUGAAACCAUCCCCAAGUUCAACUUCCAGCGAUUAUGCCAUGGAAUAGGGAGAGGAUCUAUAGACGCGCACGAAGCAGCGGAUAGGAUUUACAUACACACACAUACAAUUAACUUGCUGCUCUUACACGCCGCGUUUCUCGUUCUAUUUUAUCAUUUUUAAUUUCAGUUUUAGCAUCGAAUAAACUAUAUAAAUACACAUAAUUAAAUUACGUUCUUGUAGACGACAACAUUAUGAUACAUGUAGCAUAUUUCAUAAGCUCUGACUAAAACACAAUACAACAAAAACAAAUACAAAAAACCAAGCUACUUUUAAGUAAAAAAUGCAAGAAUAUAACUAUUUUGUAAAGAAUAAGCAAAAAACACACACACACAAAACACAAAACCGAUUCAAAAAUACAAUUGAUGAUAAUUUUCAAAAUUGCCUUAAUUCGCAAACAAUAUCUGGGCCACGUUCAUAAUAAACCUAUAUAUAUAUAUAUAUAAAUAGACACGUUUAAGGAAUAAAUAGUACAUAGUUGUUGUAGCUCCGCGUUCUGUACACACACCCGAAACCUUCAUACUAUAUCGAGAUUUAAGCUCCAUUUACAGUCUGCAAUUUUGAACUAAGAUGUAACAAUAAGAGCCUAAGAUAGACAGACAGACAGAUAGUUGACAAGGACAAAAGAUAUAUAAAUAUUUAUAAUACAAACUAAAUGAGAGCAGCAACAAAUUCUAAAUAUUGUUAAUCCAGCAUAGUAUCGUAUAAUCAAAGAUCAACACCAAACGAGCAGCAUACGUACAAUUUUAAAAGAUACCAAUUACAAAUUUAGCAAUAAUAACAAACAAAACGAAAAGUGCAUUAAGAUACAAAAUGAAAAAUCGGUUUGACAGCAAAUAUUGAAUAUAAAGUGUAUAAAUACAGACAGAAAUCAAA